AUGCUCAUCUUUCUAUAUUUCCAUAUGAUCAGGAUGGCCUCUGUUCCUGUGAAGACAUCAAUUGGCUGCAUGGAAUUUGGAAGGCAAUGCAAUGAAGACCAGGUGUGAACUGAAACCCCUUACCUCCUGGAAAAUUUUAGCCAAAGGAGAAAUCCGGGCAGCUGGCUAACCCUGACUCCCAAAAAUGGCAAAAUUCAACAAAAUAUGUCAAUUUUACAUGUAUUUGUAAAAAUUAAAAUACUUCAAAACUAAUAGCACCAUUUGAAAGUACAACAGUACCAAAGAGGUUUUAUAUGAAUGGUCACAUUAUAGGGUUAAUCCACCUAACAAAUAAAGUUGAUUACAUUUUUGUAGUAUAUUUGGUAGCUACAAUGUAUAUAACUGCUGUAAUUUGUGUGAAAUAAAUAGAAUUUAAAUUAAUGUGGUUAUUAUUUUUUAUUUUUGCAGGUAAAAGAGCUCAUAAAAAUAUGUGUUGACAAUGGUGUUUAUGACUAUGACACAGCUUUUAUGUAAGUGCAACUAUAAGCUUCACAGUAUAUAAACUGUUUGUAGAAAAUGAUCUAGAUAAUCAUUAUUAUUUUAUUAUUCAUCUGUCCUGAUGUUAAUACUGAAUAGAUUGAAUUUAUUUGUUUAUAUGUACUUCAAUAAGAAUUAAAUGUUUUUUGUUGCUGUAAAUUAUCGAAAUAUGAUUAUUAUUAGUACAUAAUAGGGCCUAUUUGCACGGGCGAAAAAGCUGUUUUUCUUGACAAAUUGUUGUCCACUGUGUGGUGUAAUAGACCUUUCUUUUUUGAAGGUAAAAAAACCUUCAGUUGACAUAAUGUCGAUGUUCCCAGUGCUAUAGUACACCAGAUAGGAUGACUAUUUUUGACAUCAUCAGAGUCAGCAGAGAACGGUUUUUGAUUACAUAAUGACUUUGUCAAGACUUUUAAGUGUUUUCGCAUUGGAUCGAAUAGUCCACCGAAUAACUCCUUGGUGAAGUUUAGAGUAGUUUAGUUUGAUCAUGCUAGUGUCCUGCUUUAUUUCUGUCGUAUUUUGAUCAAAAUAUAAGGUGUAUUUGUGACUUUAAAAACAUGACAGACUCACUUAAUACGGACACCUCAUUGAUACAGGACACUUUCUAUGGCCCCUCCAGUGUCCGAAUUAAUUGGGUUUGACUAUGAAUAGCUUAAUCCAGUGCAGAUAAAUUUUUUCAAAACAAAAAUUGUCCUCAUACAAUCAUAGCUGGUUUAGAUGUUUCAAAGACAAUUCCAAAUUUUGUCAGCUAGUACGGAUAGGUUUUUAAUAAUGAUGAUAAUUAAUUACUAUUUGUCAAAGGUACACUGGAGGGAAGAGUGAGGAGUUCAUGGGAAAUACUGAGUACAUUCAUGAUUCCAAGGUAGUUUUUUUUCCUAUCAGUUACAGAAGAAAAAAUUAUGUAUAACUUUAAAGCUUAGUUAUUUGUUAUGUGUGUUUAAAUUAAAAUGAUUUUGAUUAUUAUUAAAAACUGAAUCAUUGGAUAAAUAAAUGCAAUUCUAGAGCUCUGAUUGGCUUAGCCAUCAUAGUAAAUGAACCAUUAUACUAUGCUCUCCAAAUAUUGUAACUGUACACAUCUGCUCAAAAUUAAAAACUAGCUAAAUUCUCGCUAUUUUGUGGGCAUUUUUAAUAAAACAAUAUUAUUAUUCCACUCACGCUUGUUGGAUAUGAAGUGAUACAGCCAACUCGGUGCUAUGCGCCUCGUUGGCUAUCACCCAUCUCAUAUCCAAGAUGGACUUGUGGAAUAAUUGUUACAUGAAGGCAAGAACACUUCAAAUACAGUUAAGUGCUUACAUGUAGGUCUCCUUGCAACCACUCUCUUAAGCAACCAGCUCUCUGUCAAAGAGAAUUAAUAGAAUGAUCACCACAUGGAAAAUGCUUUGAUCUUUUAUCAAAAUAAUUCCCUCAACUCAUUCUGUAAAGAAAUGUACGCUGAGAUCAUUUGGAUAAUUUUUAUGUGUAGAUUGGGGCUAAAAUAGAGUUAAGCAACAACUCAUUCUUAUUCUAACUAUUUUUUUAGUCAACUAAAACAAGACAAGACAAGACAGUUAUUACCUUAACCCUUUAAGUCCCAAUAGUGACCAACAUCAAUUUUCUCCUAACAAUAUCCAUACAACGGUAAGAGAUUAGGUUAUGAGAAUUAAUAAAAUGAUCAGCUAAGGAAAAAUGCUUUCAUCUUUUAUCAAAUUCUCCCAACUCAUCCAUGAAGGACAUGUAUAGAGAUCAGUUUGGAGAAUUUGUAUGUGGAUAUUGGGGCUUAAAGGGUUAAUAUUUAUAAUUUCUUGGCACACAGUUUGCUAAAAGGCUAGUUGUGGUAUGCCAAAUUAAUUUCGUAAAAGAUGACAAACAGAUAUCACCUAAAUAAUACAUGGGAUUGUAAGUAAAAAGCAAAGAGAAAAGAAAAGAAAAGAAAGAAUAUGUGUAAUAUUUCCAACAGCAAGAAAGACAGAAAAAAGAAAAGAGAACUCAUAUUUUCAUUUUUCCUUCAACUCAAAUUAAUUUUUGUCAAAGGUGUUUACUGCUUUAUCACAUUUGCCAAAGUAUGACAUGCCCUGGUAAUGAUCUUUGAAAAAUAAAGAUCUUUUAAGUAAAACAUGCUGCUUUGUAUGAGAUUUGCAGUUCGAGAAAGACUGUCAUUGUGCAUGUACAAAAGACUCAUCCAGGCAUGUACUGUGAUGUACUAUAAGAACUGUCAGUGAAAGGAACAGAAAUGAAUGAAUAACAUUCAAUUUAAGCAGUUUCUCUUUUGGUUUGAAAAAACUCUUAAGAAAGAUUGUUAGCCUGAGACUAAGGCAUAAAAUUUCUGGUAUUAGCGAUCGUUCUCUCCAACUCUUGUGAUUGUGUAUAGGGCCUCAAUGAUUCUCAGCAACCAGCUCAGUUUACCUGGUAGACUAGAUCUGAAUGGGAGCCACUGAUUUGUUUUUUUUUGUAUCCCAUUAGCAUCUACAGUAUGAUUUAAUGUUAGGGGUGGUUUCCAGGUUUCACUUUUUCUUCCUCUUUACAUGUACAAAUUGUAGUUUACCUUGACUUUUUUUGCAUAAUUAUGAUCAUCAUCAGAAAUCAUCAUCAUUAUUAUCAUUAUCAUGCAAAGAGGUAAGAUUAUUAUAUUAAUAAUAUUGUACAUUAAUUUGUAAGCCAUUUUUUUAAAUUUGUAUCCAUAAUUCAGAUGUUUAUUGCCACUAAAGCCAAUCCUUGGAAUGAGAAAGGUAAAUUAAGAUACUGUACAUGCAGGGCCAAUGUAAAAACACAUGACUUUUUUGAAGUGCUAACUUUUACAUGUUGAACUUUAAAGUAGUCACUGAACAAAGUAUUAAGUUUUUUUUAUUUGGGUGAAAAAUUAAUGUCUUCUGAAAUCAAUUUAAUCACAUUGUUUUCCCCUUGUACAUUUAACUCUAGUUUAUCAUGAGUUGUUUCUGUAUAUAUAUAUAUAUUUUAGAUAUAUGUAAACCUGGCCCAAAUUGAUUGAAUUUAUAUUCCCUGCCGAUACUUUUAAUUAAGUGGUGUACUGCUAAUACUACUGAAGAUUUGAUUUUCAUAGUAAGUUAUAAUGUUAGAUGGUAACCAUAGCAACAGUGAUCUUUUGACAUGUGAAUAUAUCAUGUUUUUGUGCGAAAGCUUACCUGUACAUGUACUAGUGUCACUGGUGUUUAUGUAUAUGCAGCUAGUUUUAUAUCAAAAUGUUGUAAUAUUAAUUCCAUUGUAACAUUAAUGUUGUUAUAUAAUAUUUGUAUAAUCUUAUCCCUCAAAGGAUUAAAGUAUGACAGUGUAUUGGAACAGCUGAAUACGUCUCUCAAAAGAUUGAAGAAAGACAGUGUGGACUUAUUUUACCUCCAUGCUCCAGACCACAAUACACCCAUUGAAGAAACUCUUGAAGCUGUCAAUCAGCUUUAUAAAGGUACAUGUACAUGUAUAUGAUUCUUUUGACUUGUCCCCAGUCAUUUUCACAUAACGCGCACAGCGGGAACAGGGGGUGAUGCCCACACACCCCAUGCGCCAUAAGUCGUGUACAAAACCACCCUGUUAGAGAACAAGCAACUCACUGGGAUGAAAUAAACAAUACAAAGGAAAUUACUAUACUACUUUGUCUUUUUCCAGUGCACUUAUUUCUCUCCAGCAUUUCUUUCACUUGUCCUAAAUUUUAUUGGCAUACUUGAGACUCCACACAAAACAAGUUAGAUUUUUGUUGGGCAAUGCACUGCAUGUCACUAGGAUACAGUUUCAAACCCAGGCCUCAUAGCCAUGUGCUUGGUACAGCAGGGUCAGUUAUGACCAUUGGUUUAUCAAUGGAUGCUGGCUGCUUCUGACCCAUAUUCAUCUUUGUUGUCGUCAGCAGUACGUUUAAGCACAUAGUUUAAUAGCGCAUGCAGGGAUGAUACUGCUCCACACAACUUCAACUUCAACAGAGAAAAGUAUAUUGACUAAUCCUGAAGUUCAGGCUGCGGCAACUUCAAAGACAUGAUUCAGCCAGAGCCUCCUUUUCUCCUUCUCGGUCAAGAAGAAGACAAAAAGAGGCUCUGUGCACAGGGCAGGUAGUUUUGUACAUGAAUGACUAGAUGUAAAGGGCUGACAUGUAUUUCUUAGAGUAUUACCCAGAUUUUUAUUGAAUGCAAUAAGUAAUUUCAUUUAUUUUUGUUGUUGUUGUUUCAGAGGGAAAAUUUAAAUAUUUUGGACUCUCCAAUUAUUCCUCUUGGGAAGUCGUAAGUUAAUAGUUUUGUUAUAAGCUGUCUUACUUCUCUUAACCUGUGCCAGAUAAAGAAAAUGAUUUUGAAUUACUGCCCACUUCUUACUAACCCUCCCGCUGAUGGGAGUGCUGCUAAACCCAAAGUUCAAGAAAAAUGAAGUCUCAAAUUUUAUUUCUAGUCAAUGACUGAUAGGAAACAAAUUCAGCCAGUUUUGAAAAAGUUUUAUCUGAAUACCAAGUAUGGAAUUUGGUACAUAGACUCAAGAUCAGGGACAGUCACUGCAUACUAAAUAGAAUACUUCCAAUAAAGAAAUUUCAUUUGAAUGGUCAGGCCAGAGGAUGUUGCACAAACUCAAAAACUGGAACUACAAAUAAGUAAUUAGGACAACAUGAAAGUACUGCUGAAGAGCUUUCAUUUGAUUGGUCACAAGGUAAGAUUUGAUCUGUGGACUCAAAACUACAAACUACAUACCUUUAUUAACAUCUAACAUUAUAUUAUUGAGUUAAUUUCCCUUAGCAAGCUACCUAAUCUGGCAAUAUUGUGCGCAAGUACUACUAUAGCUGUAAGUAAUAGAAAUGUCCAAAGACUUGUUAUAAGUUGUAGUAAAUUAAAUUGUUUUAAUUUUCUUAGGCUGAAGUCUAUUACUUGUGUAAGAUGAAAGACUAUCCCCUACCAAAAUUCUAUCAGAGUGUUUAUAAUCCAGUCACAAGGCAAGUGAAUCAGGGUUACUUGGUUUAAGAGUGCAUUGUAGCCUGUGAAUACAGCUGUCUCUCAUCACAGCUCUACACUAAGGACGUUUUCUCUCCUGCGAAAUGUCCCAAGUGGCAAGGAGCAAGAAGAGGCAGCUGUAUUCACAGGCAGUUUUGUUAAAUUAUCACCAGCGUAAAGGUGAUGUUACAGGGAUGAUUCACCACAACAAUUUUUAGCGCAACACAGCGUUGCAAUGUUGGAAUAAAUUUGUAACUAUUCAAAACAAUGUCACAACAAUGUUGCAAUGCUGUGUUGCCCCUUGUGUGGUAAUCCGGAUUCCAAACUCUUCAAAAUUUUUGCUUGGAAUCCGGAAUUCAGUGCUAGGGAUCCAGAAUCCGCGUUCAGUUGACAAGGAAUCCGGAACCUAGUACCUGGAAUCCAGAAUCCAAGAGUGUCUUGGAUAGCCUUACAUAGGGCAAUAUGAAGCUUACUUUACUUUAAAACUUAUGCCACUGAUAUUAGUAUUAUAAAGGAAAUAAAGGGAGAUGUAAAGAAUCAACCAUAAGAGGACGCAGAAAAAAUCUAGAACACGAAGGGUCAUGAGUUCGAAUCCCAUCUGGGGCUCAGAAUUUUUGCUGUGCCCUCUUAUGGUUGAUUCUUUACAUCUCCCUUUAUUUCCUUUAUAAUGCUUUAAAACUUGGUUUGUACGUGUAGCCCAAUAUAGUGGGCCCUGUUGCAAAACUAUGGUAAACAGGUUUUGUUCUAAGCUUGUUACUUUUAAUUAGUAAUUAUGUUCAAAGAAAUGGCCUAAAAAGGAAUAAAUAACAUGUUGGCUUAGGGGAGGGGUAGGUGAACAGUUUCACAGAAACGUAUAAGGAUCCAUGAUAGGAUCAUUACCUGUCUAAUUUCACGUUUGAACUGCCUUUUAGUAAAACAGAGGUAAGUAAGUAAUUUUAUUUAACCACAUAUCGCAUAUGAGCGAUAGCUCGUUUAAAUGCAAAUGUGCCAUAAAAAUUACAACGUGAUAAUUUACAUAAUCUACAUGUACAAGUAAUGAAUAAAAAAAAAUAGAAAUAAGAAAUAGAAAAAUUAAAUCAACUAAAAAAAUAAUAAUGGUGGCAAAUGUACUUUUGUUCUGGAAGGCACCGUACCGUUCAUAAGCUCUAGUAUUCAGUUAAAAGUGCUUUUGUCUGUUUGUUUAUUUCUAGAGGCGUGGAGGGAGAAUUGUUUCCUUGUCUGAGAAGAUUUGGAAUUGCUUUCUAUGCUUACAAUGCAGUGAGUAUUGGUCCAGCCAUUAGUUAAACAGAAACAUCAGUGUUCUCAAAAGCACUGGUUAGAAAAGUAAUUAGGAAAUUAGUUCUCUUAAAUUGUUCGCCAAAGAGUUGGCCGCCUUGGGCAUCUCUCUAAAGAAGGACGCGUAGAGGGUGUCUACUGGCUUACUGAAAGUUUCGAUCAAUCACUUUUGAAAUCUGCGAAUACAGCCACCUUGGGUUUAGUACGAGAUCACUUGAUCUCACUUUUAUGUAGUUGUUCAACCUUAUGUAAAAGGGAAAAAGUUGACGAGAGUGUGCUUACUUAUAAACUUAUAAACCGCCAAGACAUUUUCGAUUUUUGUUUCUGUUUAUAGUUGUAGGCACUUCAAUCUUAAAACUGCUUACAUCUGUAGUAGUAAUAGAGAGCUUUAGAUUCUAAGACGAGAACGACUACGAGUACGAGAUUUUCUCAAUGCUAAGUACUGCUUGCGCGUGAGGCAGCGUCAUUUUGGCGGGAAAACGUGGUAGCCGUCGUCAUGCUACUACGAGGUUUAACAAGAGUGUCGUAGCGGCGGGAACAAGUUAACAAAUGUUAGAAGUUUUCGCAUUUUGGAAUCGGGAAAGAGCUCAACCUCCUUCAAUAACGAUAACAGUUCUAACUUUUCUGGUGAAAAAAAGUACAAUGAAGAAUUCCGGGGUGUCUAUUUUUUGGGAAUACGCGAAAAAACUUUGAAUCAAAUCAUCAAAUCUCGUACUCGUAGUGGUUCUCGUCCUCGAAUCUAAAGGUCUCUAAUAAUAGCCAGAUUUAUCAGAGACAAGGUGACAACAGCGGCAACUGCGCACGCAGAUCUAAAACCUGAACUGACCAGGGUCGACCAGGGCGCCCUGGAAUUGACCAAUGACAGAGCCGCAAAUUUUGCACCGGCGGAAGUCACUUUCAGUCCUUUCAGUGCGCUGUCAUGUUCUCAUUUGACGUUGAAUUGUCUUUGCUAGUAAAUAAUUUCUUGUAAACUGGGCUCUGCAUUGUUUGUCAACUGGCCUCUGAAUCCCCAUCCACGUCUGCAACAUAGCCUGCGUAGCAGGUGUACUCUAACCACGGCUUGUUCUCUCAAGCAGCGCCGAGAUCCUUGUUCUGGACCACUCAUCGAAUUACCAGAAAUGCGUCUCGAAUUUCCCUUCAACCUGAUUAUCCAAUCAAGCAAUACCUUUUUUAACAGGCAAAUCAUGGCUCUUUCGCGAAUCCUGGUACACAGCUGAGGGCAAUAACAAGGAUUUCGGUUCUGGCUACUGCAGCAUAACGCGCAAUGAAUUUAAACGUGCCUCUAAGUACCCUCUGUCACAUUCUCACUUGGAGCUUGGAAUUUUUUUCUGGGCUUUCUGGUGUUAGAUUUCUCCUUGCAUCGGCGAAUAAAUCAGCCAAUCAAAUUUCACAUUUAUAUUUAAUACGCAAAGUAGCCGCGCAGCAAAUUUUGAGCAUAUUGAACCUUGCGCGAAAUGUUGCAUACAUUAGCUUCUGUAAGUAAAACAUGAUGUGCGCAAUAUUACCGGCAAUGUUGUAUGUGUUAAGGCUUUUAAUUCGCAACAAGAAGUGAAGUGUGAGGUGCCUUUAUAGUCCAUGUGUCGGUUUUCCUUAAGACUUUUAAUCGACAAAUUGUCUGUCAUGUCUGUCUUGUGGUUUAUUUGUAGCUUUUAGGUGGGAUCUUUACAGGGAAACACCGCUACGAGGAUAGAGAAAACAAUACAAUCCAGUAUGGCCGUUAUAACAGGGAGGGUAUGUGGGCUGAAAUGUAAGUUUUUUUAGACUGUCAAUCAUUACAAAAAGUUCUCCAAAUAGUUGCCAACAGUUCUAAGAACUUGUCUUUUUUCUACUCUCUAUUCUGCAAUAAAGAGGUUUUGUCCAUGCUAUAUUUUCUUUGCAAGACAUGAACGCGACACUUGGAUUCUCUUCUCUCGGAGACACGUGAUAUGGUGUGAAUCUGUGAGUGUUGGAGUUCAAUGUCAGCAACGACCCCCGCCCCUGGAAUAAACACAAUUAAACGUCACACCCAAUCAAUUCGAAGAUUACAGCUCGUGGAUCGGAGUCAGAUGACGACGGGGACAGGGACAUUUAAAUGGUCUUUUCGUUGUACAUAUUACAAGCCAGACGGUUACGAUUCUAUCUCAGCAAAAAAAAGAACGAUACGCUGGAACGUAAAACAUGUUUCUGGUUCACAAAAAUAAUCUACCGUAAUUGUGAAUUUAGAUAUGAUAUUUUGAAAAAAACGCCGACCUUAAACCUCUUGGGAACGCUGAAAAUUUGAUAAACGCCACGGUGUAAUCGAGUAAAUACGAUAAUCCAUAGCGAACCAGCCCUUAGGUACAGGGAAUAGAGGGUUUACUCAGCUGGCCAGCAGCUUGCAACAAAAGAAACUCACCUUAGGACACUAACAUGGCCGCCGUUUUAUAGUAUAGCGGACGUGAUGUAAUAUGAAAAGGCUCUAUAACAUGUACACCUGUGUUGCAUCUUCUCAUUGCGUACCUAUUUUUCUCUUCACAGUUACAGACAGCGUUACUGGAAAAAGCCAUUGUUUGACGCACUCGACAAACUCAGAAAAACGUUAGAUCGCAUUUACGGUGAAGGAAAAGUAUCAUUAGUUGAUGCGACCUUCCGCUGGAUGUACCAUCACUCUAAAUUAGACGGUGCACAUGGAGGUAAGUGUGAUUAAUGCUUUUAGUCUUUUAGUUAUCAAAUUGUUAAUGACGAAAGGCAACCGUGAAUAGUUAUCAAGUACUUCGUAACCGAACAGAAAUAUUUUGGCAACGUGUUUGAGUUUGUCCGUAUUUUGUGACAGUACCCCCUUCGAAUCCUGUCCAGAAACGAAAGGCAGUAAAGGAGAACUACUUUUCAUUUUUUGCCGUCUCCUUUUAGAUGCAGUCAUCAUUGGAGCCUCUUCCACAAAACAACUGAUUCAGAACCUCAAGAGUACAAAAAAUGGUCCCUUACAUGAAGGUGAAGUUAAUUGUUCCUAAUAUACAUGAUUGCUUUUUUAACCAGAGCCCGGUUCCUGAAUGGCCGAUUAGCUGUAAUGCAGGAUUUAAAUUUUGUUCCACAUUUUGUAUUUACCUUUCUAUGCAUUGCCUAAAGUAACAUUUUGUGUUAUCAUUUCUUUUUUUCGAAGGAAAGGCAAAACAGUAUUUUGGAAGCUCGAGUUACAUGUUCUUAGACAAGAAAACCUUGCUUAAAACUGUUCUUACUCCUGGGUUAAAAUUAACCAUCUUUCGAGGAACCGGGCCCAGACCUCAUAUAACCUCUCACAAGAACGCAACCUCGUUCCCAGGGUUCUCUCCUGGACGAGGUUGACAAGACCGCUAUUUUCCCAUUCCCCGCCGAUUCCGCUUUUCAUGAAAACACACCUCCGCCCGAGAGAAAAACAUCUGCAUAAGAGAACGUAGUACCAUUAAGUGCUCUUUGCAUCCCCCGAUUUUUCCCUGCAUUUCAAUUCGCUCCUCUUCUGUUGUACUUUGCAGAUGUUGUCAAAGUAUAUGAAGAGGCUUGGCAAGAAAUAAAAGGAGAUUCCAUGCUGUAUUUUCGCUGAAAUAAUGCAGAAAGAAUAUUGUCUGUGUUAGCCUUUCAGCGCUGAAAAGAAUUAGCAGUCUUCCAAUUCUUAGGAUAAAGCCUGUUUUGAUCGGUGGUGUUUCUACUUGACCAAAAAUGAAAACUUCUCGAACUUUGUGAAAUAUAAAAGAGAAGGAAAGUUUGAGGAACCUGUGGUGAAGUUUUUAGUGUAAGUUUUAAUUGUUGUAAGGGCUGGGUAAGCAGGCGAGAUAUAUAUAUAUAUAUAUCCGUUGCGUGCCUCUUUCCGUUUCAACAGUGGUCGAAGAUGACUCUAUAGCUCCCUAUUAUAUGUAAAAUGUGUCGAGGUAGACGCCAUUGACUAAUUAAUAAUAAUUUAAAAUUUUAUAACGCGCAAAUAUCUGUGUAACUAUGAUCAAAUGCGUGAAUUACACGCAGGGCGCGUUAGAUCCCUGCACGAAAGCAUUUAGUCUGACUUCCAUUGCAAGAAAAGAUGUACAUUAAUGACUGGAAUUUUCAAACAAUUUUCGAUUAAGAAUUUCCAAUGCUAUCUUUCGCUCUACGUUUCCUCUUCUCAGCUUCAUCAUAUUUCGUUGUAGACGAAAACUGCACAGUCAGUGUGGGUUUGCAUGCAAGCUGCCAGAUUACCUCAUAAUCUGUAAUCAGUCUAAUUUCUUUAUUGUUUGAUUUCAAUUUUUUAUUUUAAAAAAGCGGGAGUCUUUUGAGCAGCGGAUUAAUAACCCCCUUAACAAUAUCAUGAUGAUAUAAAGCGUCUGGACGUUUUUGUCUUUAUAUUAUGCGCUUAAAUACCAGUCUAUUGUAUACUAAGAUAGCUGUUGUUAUUGAUUAUUUUUCUUCCUAAUUCCUUACCACAACCUUUGGAUUUAAUGGCUAGUGAAGGAGGGCCUUAUGUAGAAAUAUUGCGAAAGUCCAGUCAUGAAUCACAUAGUGAAGGAGAUAUACAUGCAAUCACUAUAGUAUAAAGGGUAGCCUCUCUUAACGAAAAUACGAACCUUGAAGUCUACCGUCGCGCUGGUCAGAAAAGUUGUGAUCGUUCCAUGUUCCAUAGUGGUUAAGCAAUUUCCAACUUACAUCAGUAUCCAUCAAGCAAGGUUAUGCGAUUUAACUUCAUAACGGAGAGCUUCAAGGUUAGUAUAUUAAAACCUGUGCUUGGAACUAAAGCAUACUGUGCAGGGGC